UAUGCGGCCGCCUUUGGCAGAGGCACAUGAAGGAUUUCAUUGAGUGUGAAGACAGAGAGCAGAGACAGAAAGCAGAAGGAGGCGGCUGCAGCCUUUGUAGUCGGGGAGGAAUGCGGAAAUGUUGAAGCACUAUGUCAAACUUUUUUGAAACGGGGUCAAGUCACAUUCAGCCAGCGUGGGAAAGCAAGGGGAAAAAAAAAAAAAGUUGAGGAGAGGGGAAGAAAAAAAAAAAAAAAAGAAAACAGGCAGCAAGCUGCUGCUGCUCCCAGGCUGAACAGAGGCCGAGGGAGCGAGCGAGGAGGGGCAGCGCAGCGCAGCGCAGCGCCGGGGGCAGCGGCGGAGCGGCGGCAGCGCCGAGGGCCGGUGCCCGAGCCCCGCACCGGCAGGCUGCGGCCGGCGGGGCUGCGGUCGCGGCGCUGCAGCUCCCCGGGGGCCGCCGGCCGCGAUUUUUUCUUUCGCGUUCUCAUUCUCCCCGGGCAGGGCGAGGGCGGGAGGAGCGGGCUGGGGUUCGAGUGCGAGCUGCCUUCUGCGCCAAGGUGCAGCCCGGCGGCGGCGGCGGCGGCGGCGGCGGCGGCGGCGGCAGGAGGAUGCGAGCCGAGUGCGGCCGAGCCGCGGAGCAGCUACCUGUGUGGCCCGGGCGGCCGCUGCCGGGACCUGCCGGAGACAUCGCCAUGUGAAGGGGCAGACCCCGGGCCGGCUCUCCACCCCGCCUCGCUCAAUGGGAGAUCUAAUUGGCUUUACACAGACAAUGCUCCCAAAUACUGUAUCAUAAUUCCUAGUGGCUGAAAGAGGAGGCACAUUGUGUCCGGUACAGAAGAGGAACAAGAACAGGAGGGCGAGAGCUUCCUACUGCCCCUCUGGCAGAGGUACCAAGUGCGUGGCCUAUCUGCAACGUGAGCAAAGCACUAGUUUUCAGAAAGCAAGUAAGACUGAGAGCCAUCCCAAGGCACGCGGAUCACGGGAGGAAGAGGAGCGGCACCAGCAUGGAUAAGGACAGCGCAAACAUGGCAGACCAGCAGUAUGAAUGUGUGGCGGAGAUUGGAGAAGGAGCCUAUGGGAAGGUGUUCAAAGCCCGAGACCUGAAGAACGGAGGUCGCUUUGUUGCGCUGAAGAGAGUGCGGGUGCAGACCAGCGAGGAGGGGAUGCCGCUGUCCACCAUCCGAGAGGUGGCAGUUUUGAGGCACCUGGAGACGUUUGAGCACCCCAACGUGGUCAGAUUGUUCGAUGUGUGCACCGUGUCACGAACAGACAGAGAGACCAAGUUAACACUGGUGUUUGAACACGUGGAUCAAGAUUUGACUACUUACUUGGAUAAAGUUCCAGAGCCUGGAGUGCCUACUGAAACUAUAAAGGAUAUGAUGCUUCAGCUGUUUCGGGGACUGGAUUUUCUGCAUUCACAUCGUGUGGUGCAUCGGGACCUGAAACCCCAAAAUAUCCUUGUAACCAGCAACGGGCAGAUAAAGUUAGCUGACUUUGGCCUUGCACGAAUCUACAGUUUUCAGAUGGCUCUUACCUCAGUGGUUGUUACUUUGUGGUAUAGAGCUCCUGAAGUUUUGCUUCAGUCCAGCUAUGCAACACCAGUUGAUCUUUGGAGUGUUGGCUGCAUAUUUGCAGAAAUGUUCCGCCGAAAACCACUCUUCCGUGGAAACUCAGAUGUUGAUCAGCUAGGAAAAAUCUUUGAUGUAAUUGGACUCCCAGAAGAAGAGGACUGGCCUAAUGACGUUGCCCUUCCAAGAAAUGCUUUCACUUCCAGACCCGCACAACCUAUUGAAAAAUUUGUACCAGAUAUUGAUGAACUGGGCAAAGACUUGCUUCUUAAAUGCUUAGCAUUCAAUCCAGGCAAGAGAAUAUCUGCCUAUGUUGCCCUCUCUCACCCGUAUUUCCAUGAUCUGGAGAAAUGCAAGGAGAAUCUGGACUCUCACAUGUCAUCCAGCCAAAACUCCAGUGAGGUGAAUGCAUCAUAAUGCUGACUGAAGAUGAACCAUAAAUGAACAAGACGUGUAGCUGACAAGGCCACUGUCCCACACAAACCACAUAGCUCUUCUAGCGAAGAUCAUUAUUUGGAGGUUUUAUGCACUUAUCUUUUAUUUUGGGAUUGUGAUGUUCUUAUCCAAGAAAAUCAAUCUAGUUUACUUUCAUCAGAGCAACACAAGGGCCAGGGCUUUGACCUGCUCCCAUUGCAGCUUUAUGUUUGGUUUGGUUUUGUUUUGUUUAUCUACCUGGGAAAACUCCAGAUGAAGAGAAGCUGCUGACCAGUUUUGCUGCCAUUUUAUCCUUUUAAUAUUGAAUGCUGCCAGUGUGGAGUAGGAUGAUCGAGUUACUGCCAAAACAUGAUGCAAUCUCUCUCUCUAGCUGCUGAAGCAUGAUUUGGUACUUUUUUUAUUAUUAUGAGAUCUCUUACAGUGAUAUUUAAAGAAUGGCAUUGAAAUAUCAGAUCUCUCAACCUGCAGUUAAUGAUACACUCAUUAAUACAUCCAGCUACUGUUCAUUCAUAGCAUAUAUGCAGGUGCUUCCCCACUUGAAAACUUGGAUGGAUUAUUUUAUCAUUUCAUUACUCUAUGAAAAUAACAGUGAUGAUGGUGAUCAUAAUAAAUGUCUCAACUUUAAGGUUUUUUCAUACACAAACGAGUUAUUAUCUAGCUAAGUUUGUGUGUAUGUUGCAAAAAACAAGUGUUUAACAAACUUCCAGAGUCCUGUUCUUAAAGACUCUUUCAGUUUCCAAAUGGUCAGUUUGCACUGAAAUCCAGGCACAUUCUAGCCCAUCAUCUAACCCAGCAUUCCCCUCUGGAAACUGCAAACACAUUUUCUUUUUCUCAUUCCAAAUUUUCUGAUAUGCAGCCCAAAGACAUGAGCAGAGCCAAUGAAAAUCAAUACAGAUUUUCACCUUCAACCUGUUCUGCUUAUCAGCCAAAAAGGAAAAUAGAAAAAAAUUUUCCAGUUCAGAAGCAGAGAAUCCUAUACCUGUAAUAAGCACAGAUAUGUAUUUGUGCUGAAUUGUAUGCUGUAUACGGCACUGCCUUAUCUGCAAUACCCCCGCUACGCAUCGCAAGUGCAUGAACAUUACUGUCUCAAAAUGCCUCAGAUGUCAUUUAUUAAGCAAACUCGUUUUCUAUGCAGAAAUGCAUGAGCUUCUCUCCUAAACCACCAUGUGGGUAUACUGGCACAUUCUUUACCACUAGGGUUAAUGUGCCAUUAUUGAAUGUCAAAAUAACUAAGCAAUUCACAUGCCUUUAUAGCACAGUUAUUUUAAAUAUUACAUUAAAUUUUUAUAUUUAGUAUUUUUACCUUAACUAAAAUAUAUUUUCAGUAUUUUAAAAAGAAUCUUUUAUUUUUUUAAUACUGUACUGGGAAAAAAGAAAUAUUUUAAAUCCAUAAAAGCUGUUCCCAAGCAUGACUUUAGUGCACUUACCUGGAUAUGACUUGGGGGAAAAUAUUGGUCCAACAAGUUAGCCCUUACCAUAAAACCAUAAAUAUACACUAUUGCAGUAUAACUGAUGAUAAGUGAGGCAGCUAGCUUUGCUUACUCCUGUGAUAGUCUCUUAAGCUUUUAUCUUCCUCAUCUCUAUUUCAUCUUGUCUAGCUAGUGAGCCAACAUUAUAUCCUUAUUCACAGCAUGCUUGGCAGAAGCGCUGGUCCUUAGCAGUGAGUUGAGCAAUAUAAUCUUCCCACCUGUGGCAUGGGAACUUGUAGCCAUCUCCCUGGCAGGUUUCUCAGUCCUGUGAUAGACGGGUUGUUGUGGCAAGCUUCAUUGUUAACUCUGUUUCAGGUAUCUGUGCUGCCUGGGACAUGGUCCAUUGCUAGGAUAGUGAGUGGAUCUUAUCUGUCUCUUGGAUAAAGCUUUUCACUACUGUUAGACACAUAAGUAUGAGAUGUAUGGUUAAAUUUAGGUCUGUUUUAAAUAAGCCAGGUUUUAAAAGGACCACUUGCGUGCAUGCAUGCAGUGACCUGUGCUUUCCUCCAUGCCCAGAAUGAUGCCUAUGCAAAACCUACCAGCAUGAACAGGCAAGCUGCAAAUUAGGCUUGGCAAGAGCGUGCAUGAGGCAUCUGCACUCAGAGAUACUACAGAUGCAAAACACAAGAAUUUUGGAAGCUCUGUGAGCAGCAAGCUGAAGGCCAGGGAGCGGUCAUGGCAGCUAACCCUCUAAUCUUGGCCUUGCCUCUGUCAUUGUCUCUGUUUCUACAUCCAAGGGGAACUGCAAGCCCACUGCACUGAUGUUGUCCCAGCCCUGUUCCUCCAUGG